UUGGCUAAGUUCCGCAGUACUGGCAAAAUGGCGACCGUCAUUUGUUGGACCACGACCACAUGAUUUGGACGACUUCCACUCUGCACCAUGGAUCUCGAUAUGUCCACGAUGGCAAGUCAGCCACGCUGUGUCGUCGAGUUGGGAUUUCUUGAAAAACGUGAGGCAUGGGCGCUAAGGAGCACAUAUACUCCCAGCAAAGUAGGUGGAAAACCAGCUUGGCUUCAUCUGAAAGAUGUUCCUAAUGGCAAACGUCUUACUUGCCGUAACUGCGGUGAGCCAUGCCUUUUGCUUCUGCAGUUGUAUGCUCCGCGCGAUGACGUCGACUCCGCUUUUCACAGAACGCUCUUUGUGUUCGUUUGCGUGACUCCGAACUGUGCAAAUAAGCACGACGUCGGCAGCUAUAUAGUUUUGCGGUCGCAGCUGCCGGAAGAAAACAUGUUUUACAGCAUCGAACCUCCUAUGGAAUCCCCUGACAGCUCUGACAGCCCUUCGGCUGAAGAUUUCUGCAAAAUCUGCGCCGUGUGCGGUGCUUUAGGCGACAAGGCUUGCUCCAAAUGCCGUAGCCGUCACUACUGUUCCAAGUCUCACCAAAUAUUGGAUUGGAAAGAUGGUCACCGAGCUCGCUGCAACUCGCAGUGCGUCGAUAGCUGCGAAAGGACUUCGGCGCCACUGUUUCCUGAGUACGAGCUGGUUAUAGAGACAGAAGACGACGCCUGCAACGACGACCAAGGCUGUAAAACAGAUAAAGACAGACUUGCAGACUACUGCGAUUAUGUAACCAGUCAUCCGGGGUGUUCAAGUGACGGCGCAGAUGUCGCGGACUUGAACAAGAUGGCGGCAACCUGCCAAGACAAAGCAUUUUGGAAAUUCAAGAAGACCAUUAGGGAAGCCCCUGAUCAGGUGCUACGGUACAACUUGGGUGGUACACCUCUCCUAGUUGCCAGUACAGGUGACCCUGGCGACGUGCCUUGUUGUUCCUGCGGUUCAGAGAGGCAGUUCGAGUUCCAAGUUAUGCCCCAAUUGCUCAACAGCAUUACAGAGUCGACAGUGGAUAGCCUGGACUGGGGAACAUUAUUAGUCUACACGUGCAAGGCCUCCUGCGACGGCGAACCGUACCAAGAAGAAUAUUUGUGGAAGCAAAAUAUCUGUGAGGAAUAGUCAUGAGCUUACAUGUGUGCGCGGGCAUUUCUCAGGAAAAGUGUGAGGGGUGGGAUGUUUUUAUGGCGAGCCUAGCUCGCAGUUUAAAUAUGAAAUAAAAAGGCUGACUGCCUAGGAAAGCCUAUAAUGUAAGGAUACUGUCAUGGAUGUGUGCAUGCAUCUAUAGACUUUAUUGAUGUAUGUAUAACACAGUUCUGCAUGUUAUAUCGAGGGCAAGUGAAAUGCUAACAACAGAGCAUGUGCCUGUAGCAUAACUGAAGGUACAAUGCACUCCAUCAGCCAGUCAUCCUUGUCCACGUCACGCGCACUUAUGGUUUUCGUGUAAACUGCGGUGCUGCUCACCUUACUUUAUUGUUUGAUGCUUGUUUCUUAAGCCAGCCUGCUGAAGCACCAUACCCAUUUUGCCACCAUUUUGCCAUUAUGGUUUCUAGUGCUGUCAUCACUCGUACAGAAACACUGAUGGUAAGAACAAAAGCAAAGCGAUGCAGGUCUGGAAACCGAGCACGUAUUUGCUAUAUCAUGCUUCACGAGUCACGACGGUGCUGGCAUGGUGAAAAUGGCACUGCAGCGGGUCAGGUCAGGAAACAAGCGUUGACCUGCACUCCGCAUAAAAACCACAUGCGCAUGUUGGCAAGGAUGACUGGCUGACUGUACCUUCAGUUAUGCUUCAGGAACUCGCUCCACUGCUUGUACUUCAUUUGCCUGAUAGUACAUUUAAACAAUAACUUUCACUUUACAUGCCAAAAAAAGCUUUUUACAGCGAAGCUGUUUACCUCUAAGAACUGGCAAUUCUUUCGUGGUGAUCCACAGAAAACUAGGUUCGUGCACAAGCGACGCGCUCGCUCGAGCUCCAACGAAAAGCGCCGAAUGAGGCGAAACGCCGCAAGUGCCACACCGACAAGAUUGCCACGUUCAAGGGAGCGACUUCGAAAUUCAAGCGCACCUCGAUGUGGAAUUCGGAUUCUCCUGCACUGCGCGCGACCGCCUGUGGUUCCGCGACGACUUGUCGCACAUGUCCACUGUAAAGAACGCCGCAAAGAAAUGCCGUGCGUUCCCUGGAGACGCCGUGUCUGAUUAUGAGGUGUGCGGUUAUACACUGCAGUUUGCAGCGUACUCAUUUCAUUAGCACUAGAAUUAGGACUCAUUUCAUUAGACUAGUGGAUGGUAGCAGCUUCGCUGGCAUUCCACCUUCACAGAGUGGAUUGGGCCUUAAACAAAUUUUUUUUUAUCAUGUUCUUUUUCGGUCAUGCUCUUCGUUUACACUUAUUUUAGUCAAUUGCCUCAAAGAGAAGAUAAGCUUGUGUGUCAUCUGUCAGCAAUAUUUCAUUGAUAGGUUAGGGUAACAUGGAGGCUGCUGGCAACUAGGGAACUACAAGUGAUCCAAGAAGCAGACGGAAAAUAUUUCUGGAACUGCAUUUGAUGUCAGCUGGGAGAAUUUAGGAGAUAUUUCAUUAUUGUUUGUGGGUAAAUAAUAUUGCUAAUGACAGUCGCAUCACCUGGCUUACUCCUAGAUCUUGAGCCAGUGUAGUUCUAUCAUUGUUAUGUGUGCCAUUUACUUUUAGUUACACAAAGUGUGAUUUGUUGAUUAUAAGUGAUUGUGAAAAAAAGUGAGUUAAAGCUGCCCUGAAUACAAAUUGCCUUUGCUCUAGACAACUUGUUAACACUUUCCUUGCUGCCAGGAAUGUGUUCAUUUUCACUGCUUCUGUAUUUUAUUUGAAAACGUACUAGUCGCAACAUAUACUGUGGUACAUAAUAUUAUAGUUUAAGUAAGGGUGUCUUGAGUCUAAGUAAAGGAAAAAUAGUUUCUCAGAUAGUUUUCAAGAAUUCUUUCAUGUCAAAAUAUAGAAGUAUGUUGAAGCAUGAACAAAAAGAAUAAUUGCGAUUUUUGCUGAAAGUACUGAGUAAAAGGAAAUUGAAAUAUGCGUAAUGUGUGCCUUGCUCUAAGUUAGACCACAUGAAACAAUAUGCAGAUUUUAUGACUUGAAUAUAAGCCAUAGUGAUGCCUAUGUUUUAUGACAAAGCCGUGUUUUUCACAAAUGUACGAACUGGUAUGUGCCUAUUGUGCAGGAAGCAUUUUGUUUUGACUCCUUGCAGCAAGCAGAUUGUUUCUUUUUGCAUUCUUUAGGCUCUUGAAACACUGGUUGUCAGGUUCAUUAACCUCUUCAUACUCAAGUAUCCUGCUCAAUCAGCUUCUCUCUGUAAGCAAGCUGGCCUAGUCGUGCACCUUAAUCUGAUGCUGGAGCCUCCAUGUGCUUUGUACUUUAUUUUUGUGGUACUGUACGGUAAUAAAAAAGAACUUUUGCACAGGCA